ACUUACUAAUAGUUUAAUAAAUUUAAUUGCAAUUUACUCUUAUUUUAUCUCAGAAAAUUUUGAAAGCUUGAGCUCGACUCAAUUAACACCUCUCAUUAUCAGUAGCCUACUGGUACAUUCCUCCGACGCUGCACUUCUACGGUGGACUUCUAACAUAUCGAUUCUCUAUUCCCCUUUGGUUGAUUCGCUGCUAUCAGUUGCAAUGGUGGCGGCGACAGUUGGCCUGAGAGGCUUAUCUUUAUGUACCUUAUCGCUUCCCAUCCUCCGUAGUGCGAAGAUUAAGCUACCCAUUCACUCAUUUCCAACGAGUCGAAGCCUAAAACCUCUGUUUUCCCCUUAUAAUCCUACCAUUCUCAGGGGUUUUCCCUCGUUUUGUGCGUCUCCGGACGUCAACGUGGAGGCCACAGCCACAGCUCCGCCGGCUACGGAGGCGGAAAAUUCUCAGUCGGCGGACGAUAUAAAGAAUGCAGCCAACCUGCUCGACAUAAGGGUUGGCCGAAUAAUCAAAGCGUGGAGACAUGAAGAAGCCGAUUCUCUAUACGUGGAAGAAGUGGAUGUAGGCGAGCCUGAACCCAGAAUCAUCUGCAGCGGGCUUGUUAAAUACAUGCCUUUAGAUCUUCUUCAGGAUGCGAAAGUGGUUGUUCUUGCUAAUCUGAAGCCGAGGAACAUGCGAGGUGUGAAGUCUUGUGGAAUGCUAAUGGCUGCUUCCGAUGCGUCGCAUGAGACUGUUGAGCUUCUUAUGCCCCCCGACGGUACAAUUCCCGGCGAGAGAAUAUGGUUUGGGACUGAAGACGAUAAAGAUAGCCAACCUGAACCUGCUACACCCAACCAGGUUCAAAAGAAAAAGAUUUGGGAAUCGGUGCAGCCUCAUCUUAAAAUUGAUGCUUCAUGUACUGCAAUGCUUGGGGAGUACUUGAUGCGGACAUCUGCGGGUGUAGUGGUCUGCAAGUCUCUGAAGAAUGCCAAUAUUUCCUGAUUACACCCGAUGCCAAGUAUAGCUUCUUCCCUUGUUUAUCUCAAAUGCAAUCUGAAAAUGUUUUAGCUUUUGAGUGGUGAAACAUUUGUUGAACUUAUAAGUUAAGAUUUUGUCAGUUUUUUUUCAA